UGGUUUCGUGUUUCAGAAAGGAAGUCUCUUUUGUUCAGAAUAAAAUAACACCGAAGAACGAGGAAAAUCAAUCAAAAGCCAAAAAGGAAAAAAAAAGAGGGGGAAGGAGCGAAACUCUAGUACAAUAAAAAGGCACUCAAGAAAAAAACCAGUUAAGAGAAGAAGGGGGAAGGGCAAUACACAUAGGCACUCUCGCUUUACUUGCUAUUAUGAGGCUCUCUUCGUGAAGAUUAGUUCCAUUUCCUUGGUGGGUUUCCUUGUAUCUUCUUCUUCCUCUUUGAGUCUGGUUUGUUCGAGCCAUGGCUGGCAGUAAUGAAGUCAACCUCAAUGAAUCCAAGAGCGUUGUUCCAUUGAAUACCUGGGUUCUUAUUUCUAAUUUCAAGCUAUCAUACAAUCUGCAGCGCCGGCCAGAUGGAACCUUUAACAGAGACUUAUCGGAGUUCCUCGACCGGAAAGUACCUGCCAAUAUCAAUCCAGUUGAUGGGGUCUUCUCCUUCGAUCACGUUGACCGAGCUACCGGUCUUCUUAACAGGAUUUAUCAGCCGUCUCUUAAAGACGAGGCUCGAUGGGGCAUUGUGGACCUCGAGAAGCCUUUGAGCACAACCGAGAUCGUUCCUGUCAUUGUCUUCUUCCAUGGUGGAAGCUUUACGCAUUCCUCUGCAAACAGUGCCAUCUACGACACCUUUUGUCGCCGCCUUGUUAGUGUUUGUAAAGCCGCUGUGGUGUCUGUGAAUUAUCGCCGAUCACCCGAGCAUCGAUACCCUUGCGCAUACGAUGACGGAUGGGCUGCUCUCAAGUGGGUUAAAUCAAGAACUUGGCUUCAAAGUGGGAAGGACUCUAAAGUGCAUGUAUACUUAGCUGGUGAUAGCUCUGGUGGAAAUAUAGCUCACCAUGUAGCCGUGAGAGCAGCAGAGGCAGAUGUUGAGAUAUUAGGCAACAUUCUCCUUCAUCCAAUGUUCGGCGGACAGAUGAGAACCGAAUCCGAAAAGAGAUUGGAUGGCAAGUACUUCGUCACACUGCACGACCGUGAUUGGUAUUGGAGAGCUUAUCUACCCGAAGGGGAAGAUCGAGACCAUCCGGCUUGUAAUCCGUUCGGCCCUCGCGGACGAAGGAUCGGUGGACUCAAGUUCCCCAAAAGUCUCGUCGUCGUGGCCGGUUUGGAUCUGAUUCAAGACUGGCAAUUGGCAUAUGUCGAAGGGCUUAAAAAUUACGGCCACGAGGUGAAGCUUCUCUUCCUAGAGAAGGCGACAAUCGGGUUCUACUUCUUACCCAACAACGACCACUUCUAUUGCCUGAUGGAAGAGAUAAAAGUCUUCGUUAAUUCUAACUGUUAAUACCCACCUUUACCCACUUAAUCUUAACCAUACGUAACAAAAAUGUUUUUUACCUGUUUUUAGAAAGUCAUGGUGAGAUCCAUUGUGUGUAGUUAUAAGCCUUGUUUUGGUGUUCUAAGUGGCAGCGGCGGAGAAUGAUCUGAGCCGCCCUUCGCCGACCUGAUAUAAAGAAAAGGGCGUUACCCUUGUAAGCUUCCUGCCUCAAAUAACGGGAAGAGAAAAGUCUAGGGGUAAUGCUUUGGUGGUUUUAUUAUUAAUUGGUAAUUCUUGAAGCCACUAAUUUAUUAUAUAUCUUGUAAUGUAAUUGUAGGUUGGUGUUGUACUCUACUUAUGUUCUAAACUAAAGAUUUUGUUCUGUA